AUGUAUGCAUCAGAAAACCCAAUCGGACGCCCCAGGGUGAAUUCCACAACCUACGCCGCACCCGUCACUUAUACGGACUACUUUAACGAUAUUGCCGCUUACAAUGUGCACCUGAAUAUCUUCGAAAAACUUUGGGCAGCAUGGUACGCAUACAUGCAGAACGAUGUGCUGGCGACGGGCAUUAUGAGCUUCGUAAUGCACGAAGUGGUGUACUUUGGGAGGUGUGUACCGUUCAUGAUUAUGGACAAGAUCCCCUAUUUCAGGAGAUAUAAGAUCCAGGUGAACAAGAUGCCCACACUUGCUGAACAAUGGGCAUGCGCCAAAUUGGUCCUCCUCUCCCACUUCACCGUCGAACUCCCUCAAAUCUGGCUGUUCCAUCCGAUGGCUCAAUACUUCGGCUUGUCCACGUCCGUCCCUUUUCCUCCUUGGUAUACAAUGGCGUGGCAAAUCGCGUUGUUCUUUGUCCUCGAAGAUGCAUGGCAUUAUUGGUUCCACCGAGUCCUCCACUUGCCUCGACUUUACAAGAUGAUCCACAAGCUGCACCACCAGUACAGCGCACCGUUUGGGCUCGCUGCCGAAUACGCCUCGCCGCUAGAAACCAUGAUUCUCGCAUUCGGCGCGGUCGGGAUCCCCAUCAUUUUUUGCGCGUUGACCAAAAACCUCCACAUCGUUACAAUGUACCUGUGGAUCGUCGGCCGACUUUUCCAAGCCAUUGACGCGCACUCCGGAUACGAGUUUCCGUGGUCGCUGCAUCAUUUCUUGCCUUUCUGGGCAGGGGCCGAUCAUCACGACGUGCAUCACGAGAAAUUCUUGGGAAAUUAUGCCAGUUCCUUCCGGUGGUGGGACGCGGCACUGGGUACCGAUAUUGGAAGCGCUUCCGAAGGGGCGAAGAAGAAGGAAAAGAAGACCGUUGAAGGCAAGAGCGAGUAA